AUGGAUGAAACCAGCUUUUGUAGCGGACUGUCAACCGGGAGGACGUGUAAGUAGAUUAUACAUUGUUUUUUUAUAUUUAGAUAUUAAUUUGAGCAUCAAUUGUGAGAAAAUUAAUUAAAGUGUGCUGUUACAUAGUUUGCUAUAUUACACUUUAUUUAGAUGACUCCAUGCCGGCUAAUGCUCAGAAUAGGAUCCAGCAUCUUGAGAGUGAGCUGUAUAACACUCAAGCACAACUCACUCAGCUGCUUGGAAUGAAAGACAAGAGUUCUGCUGAUCAGGUAAGAGUUUUAUUAAUAUUGUUCUGCUUUUAGGAGGAUUUAUUUAUCUAGUUGGUUUUUAUUGAAGCUUAUUAUAACUUUAAUAGUUUGUGGACACUAUUGGGCUUCAAAAAAAUUAUGAAUCUUAAAGUAAUUAAGCAAUUUGACUUUCUUUGAGCUCAUAUUAUCCAAGUCUUUGUUGUAGAUCCGUGACUUGUCCUUGAAACUGACUCACAAGAACAAUGAAGUGGAAUCACUACGUAAGAAGGUGGAAGAACGUGAGGAACAGAUUAGACGUAUCAAAAGAGCGAAUGACACUGAUAUUAAACAGCUACGACAAGAUGUUCUAAGGCUUCGCGAUGAGAACGCUGAACUAAAGCAAGAAAAGCAGGAAUGGGAAGCUGCCAAAAGAGAUGAUGAGUCCAAAUUGUAUCAGCAGAUGCUCAAUCAGACUAGUAGUUCUAGCAAGGGACCUGGUAGGUGUUUUAGAUCGUUUGAGGGGGUUUGAUAUAGGUAUUGAUAUUGUUUUUGGUGAUGUGACGAGUUUUUGAAGUUGUAGGUUUAUUUUGUAAAAUACGUAUUGGAUUAUUUUUUGAUAAAGUAAUAGUAAUAUGUCGUCAUUUCAGCUCAAGUUUUCUCAACAUUUAACAAAUCCAAGGCCGAUUCGAGCAAAGUUGUGGUGUCAGCGAGGCAACAGAGUGAAAAACCGGCUUACUGGUCGGAAAACCCUGACUUUUUCCGUAAUCAGUGCUUGGAUAUGGACUCGAAUUGUGGUGAUUCUUUGGCUAGUGAAAGUAGAGUACACAUCUCUGUCGAUGCUGAACUUUCCGUAGGUUUUUGACUUCAAAUUGCUACGUUUUUAGUGGAAAUUAUAUUGUUUUAGAUGUUUUUGGUUAAUUUUAUGUAGUAAAAAGCUGAAUAUGGGUGUUAGACUUGGUUUUCUUGGCUUUAUAGAUCAAAAAGUUAUGUUUUAUAUUAUUUUAGGUAAUAACUUUAGAUUACGAGGUCAAAACCUUCAUUUUUUGAUCUAAAACUUGAAGUUUAGGGCAAUGUCUUUAGUUCACAUUGAACACUCUUACUUUUAAAGCUAUAUAUUACCUAAAAUUCUUUUCAGAUGAAUGCCAACGGCUUCCGUGACAUUCUGAACCUCACCAACAGCGCUCAAGCCAAUGUGAAGAAUUACAAGAACGUUUUGAAGACUUGGAAGGGUAAUAUGGAGGUACUAUUCGAACAAGUCAAAGCCACAGCUAACUUCCUGGGUGAUAUUGCCAAUAAAAUGGGUAGAAAUGCGACUGAAAAGGAGCAGAUCAAAGAGGUACUUACUAAGAUCAAUGGUAUGACAUUCAACUUGAACCUGAGUGUGGAUCAGACCAAGGAACUGAUGGAAGGGGCAAAUGGAGUGGAGGAGAGUCUGAACGAGCUCAGCCAUAUCAUCGAUGAUUCAUUGCGGUAAGGAGGGUGGAUUUUUGAGGAGGGGCGGGAGUUAUGUUGUAGUAGGUGGAACUUUUGAAGGGGGUUUAUAUUGUAGUAGGUGGAAGUUUGGGAAUUUUCAUCUUAUAUUGUAGUAGGCUUAUUGUUAAGGGUUUUAUGUUAUAGUAGUUCGCUCUUAGCGAUUUUUAUGCAUUACUGGAUAUAAAUUCAACUUUUUAUAUUGUAAUAGAUAAAAAAGUAAAUUUUCUUACCUAAAUUCUUUGUUUUUUUGCUUUAAAGUUUAGUUUUUUGCCAUUUCGAUUACUCUGGUUAUUUUCAAAUUUACCAUAGAGUAAAAGCAGUACCUUGUCAUUAAUAUAUGAGGAAAGGAACAAGUUUCAACGUCUAUAACAAAAUUUGUGCUUAUUUUAGUCGAAGCAUGUCCAUAAUUGAAGCCCAAGUGGACAAAGACGAACAUAAUGAAGUAGAACUGAACCAGAAGAUUGUAGAAGCCCAAAACGAAGUGGCAAAGUACAAAGAAGAAGCUAAAGACCUAAGGAAACAACUGGAGAAGGCGUCGAAGAAUAUCGAAACCCUUGAAUCAGAUGCAAGAAGAAGAGAAGAGUUCAACAAUGAUGAGAUUCGACAAAGAGAAGAGGAAUAUAAGAGAAAUGUUGAAGUCUUGGAGACAAGUUUGAUCAGGAAUAGAAAGGUGAGGUUGAAUAUGACGUGUUUUACGUUGUAGUAGGGAGAUGUGAUAUUGUUUUAGGUGGUUUAAUUGAUAUUGUUUGCCAUUUUAGCAAGUUGAAACGGACGAAAACCAGCUAAUCGAACUCUCCGAGAUCCGUCAACAAUUAGAAGAAGCCCAAAAUGCCCUCCAUUCAGAGAGAAAAGACCAUGUUGACCUCAAGAUUCAGCAUGAAAAGCUGGAAAAAGAGCUGGAAGCAGCGAUGGCAGAGCUAGAUGAGUUUGUGACGGAAUGUAAACGAGCUCAAAGCGAAGCCAAAGCUCAAGAACAGGUCGUGGAAGAGCUGAAUGAGAAGAUACAGAAGUUCAAGCAGGGAGAAGCACGAUUCAGACAGGUGGCGAUGGAGCUAGAACAAGUUAAACAGGGAGUAGAAGUAUUUAGUCAGGAGCUACAGCAAUGCAAUGAAGCGUUACAAGAAGCUGAGAGAGAAAAGAGGAAGCUGGAAGCAAGACAGGAGAUGGCCUCAGAACUGGCAAACAGAGUUGAAGCUCUGAAGAAGGAUCUGGCUAAUGCUGAAGGUGAUAAGAGACAGUACAGUGAGUGGAUUCUGAAGAUUGCCGAGAAGAUUCCGAAAGCCGCCGAAAUUAGGUAAGAUUGUGGAAUUUUUGAUCGAAAUUUGCCAUUUUCGAUAAGAGGGUCGAAGAUAAUUUUUGAAAUUUCGUUUUCAGCCUCGAGCACGAUCAAAUCCCAGUGAUUGUGGGCAAAAUCAAGGGCUAUAUUGAAGCAAUGAUCCGUGACAAAGCCGACCUAGAAGAUCUAUAUGGAGUGCUGGAACAGGGCAAUCGACAGUUGAGACAGAAUAUCGAAAAAGGGUAGGGUAAAUUUAAUGAAAAAUUUAAUUUUUUUGGGAGAAGGCUAAAUUGAGGAUUUUAAAGGUAUUUUAUGCUGGAUAUCGGGGAAUUAGGUAGGGUUUUUAAAGGAAAAGUUAUAUUUUUAAAGUCGAUUUUAGGGUUUUUUUUGCCCUACCCAUAGUCUUGCCUUCCCCAUAGCCUUGCCCUCCUCUUAGCCUUGUCCUACCCAUAACGUUACCCUUCUCAUAGCCCUGCCCUACCCAUCGCUUAACCCUACCCAUAGCCAUGCUCUCUGCAGAGCCUUACCAUACCCAUAGCUUUUCCCAACUUAUAGCAUUGUCCUCCCCAUUACAUUGCCCUGUUCAUGGCCUUGCCUUACCCAUGCCCUACCUAUAGCCUUGCUCUUCCUAUUGUGCCCUCUCCAUAGGCAAGGCCAUGGUGAGAGCAAAUCAUAACUUUGGCUGACACAUAUAUAGCCUUGCUCUAUCAAUCGCUUUGCAUUCCUACAGUCUUGCCUUCCCCAUAGCCUCGCCCUUCACAUAGCCUUGGUCUCCUCUUAGCCUUGCCCUACCCAUAGUCUUGCUCUACCCAUCGCUUUGCCCUUCCUACAGUCUUGCCUUCCCCAUAGCCUUGCCCUUCACAUAGCCUUUCCCUCCUCAUAAACGUGGCUGACACAUAGCCUUGCCGCACCCAUAGCCGUGUAAAUCAUUAUUUUUUUACGCUAAACGAAGUAUAAAAAUGCCAUUUUUCAAUAUUGGUGCUUUUUUUGGUACAACUCUCUUGUUAGUCAAUUUUUUAUUUGUUUUCAUGCCUAAAAUCCUUCAUUUCAGAGCCGCCAAACAAGGCAUCGAACUGGAAAUUUCCCCGGUCCGCACAAGCGCCAUGAAAAUCGACAGCGCCGAAGAGUUCCACAAGUACUUUGACAGUCUGGUCAUCAUGGCCAAGCGACUGGUCAAAAAGUUGAGGGAAAACAACGGCGACAAAGCUCAGGUCACGGAAGACGCUCGCCAACUCCGACUAGCUCUCAUGAACGGCGACGAGUUCUUCAAGAAAAACAAGGAGAAUCUGAAGGUACGGCUACACGGCAUGGGACCCGACAUCAAACAACACCUCGGCCACAUACAUGAGGUCCUGACCAACAUUCGCAACUCCACGAGGAAAUGA